AUGGCGAAUCUUCCCGUGCUCUUCCAUGUCCUCCUCCUCUGUCUUACCCUCUGUCUUACCCUCUGUCUUCCAGGCUUCUGCGACGCCGGCGGGGAGAAUUUUGUCUUCUCCACCUUUGCCGGUGCCGGCGACCUCAACCUCGACGGCGCGGCCGGGGUCACCCCAGAAGGGCUCCUUGAGCUCACGAACAACAUGGUCAGCAUCAAAGGCCACGCGUUCUACCCAACUCCGCUUCGGUUCAAGGAGUCGCCCAACGGCACGGCGCGGUCCUUCUCGGCCACCUUCGUCUUCGCCAUCGUCGCCGCCGGCGGCUACCCCGACGCGAACGGCACCGACGGCAUGGCCUUCCUCGUCGCCCCGACGACGAACUUCUCGGACGCGGAGCCGGGCCAGUUCAUGGGCUUCCUCGGCGGCGCCGCGAUGAACCACACCUUCGCCGUCGAGCUCGACACCUACAGGAACCCCGAGCUGCGGGACAUCGACGGCAACCACGUCGGCGUCGACGUCGCCGGCCUCUACUCCGUGGAGUCCCGCACCGCCAGCUUCCACGACGACGGGGACGGCGGCGCGCUCAAGAACCUGAGCCUCGACAGCGGCGAGCCGAUACAGGUCUGGGUGGACUACGAUGGGAAGGGCAGACAAGUCAAUGUCACCUUGGCUCCCGUGGGAGUGGCCAAGCCAUCGACGCCGCUGCUCUCCAACAUUUCCGACCUCUCAGCCGUGCUCACCGAGCAAGCGUACGUUGGCUUCUCCGCGGCGACCGGACCCAUCAAGACGCACCACUACGUGCUGGCUUCGAGCUUCGCCAUGGAUGGACCUGCUCCACCCAUCGACUUCAAGAAACUGCCCAAGCUGCCUUAUGACAAUGGCCACGAGACUCUAUCAAAGGCAUUGAUCGCAUUGCCAAUAGCGGCUUCAGCGUUGAUCUUGGCUACCUGUGUCGCAGUCACUCUACUCUUGCGGAGACGGCUCGCAUUCGCCGAGCUCAGAGAAGACUGGGAGGUCGAGUUCGGGCCGCACCGGUUCUCCUACAAGGAUCUGUUCAACGCCACCCAAGGGUUCAAGAACAAGAACCUGCUCGGCGCCGGCGGGUUUGGCAAGGUGUACAAGGGAGUGCUCCCAAGCUCCAAAUCAGAGGUCGCCGUGAAGAGGGUGUCCCACGAUUCGAGCCAGGGGAUAAAGGAGUUCAUCUCCGAGGUCGUCAGCAUCGGCCACCUGCGACACCGCAACCUCGUGCAGCUGCUCGGCUACUGCCGGAGGAAGGGGGAGCUCCUCUUGGUGUACGAGUACAUGCCCAACGGCAGCCUCGAUAAGUAUCUGUACGGCGAGGACAACAAACCCGUCCUGGAAUGGGCUGAGAGGUUCCGGAUCAUCAAAGACGUCGCCUCCGCCGUCUUCUACCUCCACGAGAAGUGGGAGCAGGUCGUCGUCCACCGGGACAUCAAGGCCAGCAACGUGCUCCUCGACGGCGAGACGACGGCGCAUCUCGGCGACUUCGGGCUCGCGAGGCUGUACGACCACGGCACCGACCUGCAGACCACUACUACCCGCGUGGUCGGCACCAUGGGGUACAUGGCCCCGGAGCUGGCGCGCACGGGGAAGGCGUCCCCUCUCACCGACGUUUUCGCCUUCGGCGCGUUCCUCCUCGAGGUCGCCUGCGGGCGGUACCCGGUGAGCGGCGGCGGCGAGAUGCUGGUCGACCGCGUGCUCGAGUACUGGCGCGGAGGGGCGCUCCUGGAGACGGUGGACGCCAGGCUGCGGGGCGGCGGCUACGACGCCGGCGAGGCGCGCCUGGUGCUGACGCUUGGGCUGAUGUGCUCGCACCCGUUCCCGAGCGGGAGGCCGACCAUGAGGCAGGUCGUGCAGUACCUCGACGGCGACGCGCCGCUGCCGGAGCUGACGCCGGCGAGCGUGAGCUUGCUGAGCAUGAUGCAGAGCGAGGGCUCGUUCGACAGGUCCGCCCUGCAGUGUCCGUGGUGGGGGAACAGCAUUGGGACGAUGACACCCGACAUCUCAGUUGGAAGAUGAUGGUAGCGCAACUAGUCGGAUUGUUUCUCGAGUCCGGUCCGUGUAUGAGCAUGGCCUCUUGUUCUUCUUUCAUUGGUCGGUCUGGCAGCCUUGCGCUGGGCGUUCUGGAGAUGCAGAAACAGCAUUUGCUUUGAUGAAAAGAAUGUCCGAUCUCCUACUGAGAUUGUUGCGGGUGCCUCCUGGUGUGGCGUGUUCUGUGUGCGUGCUUCCGCUGCCUGACCUGGA